AGUGUAGUGUGGCUGUGCCUUCCAUCGUGGAUGGAUGCAAGUUGCUUAAGUUUGACUUUUUGCCUGCAUAUCAUAUAAUAUCCUCAACAAUUUCUACCGUUUUUUUUUCUUUUUCACAGUCAAAAUUUAAUCAAAAUCUUCUCAAUAUUUCUAAGUGUUUUUUGUUUUAAUAUAAUUUCCCCGUUUCCUCUCUGUUUUCGUGUUGCUUGGCAGUUUCCUUUGUUCUUUCAAUAACAUUAUUUUUUCAUAAAUUUCCCUUUCUUCUUUCAACGUCCGAUAAUUUCUGGACAAGUUCGUGACCUAAUCAUGUGUUUUACAAAAUGUAUGCGAGUUUUUAGUCACAAUUCUAUUUUAUAUGUAAUAUUUUUUAAUGAUUGUUGAAUAUACUUAAUUCUAACAAUAGUGAAGAAUUGUUGAAAAUUUACGUUCGAGAGCAUGAUAUGUGCAAUUCGAACUUUUAACAAUGAUGGAACCGUUGAAGAGCGACCGGAAACCCCUGACUCUCAAAUUUGAUGCAAAAGUGAUUAAGACGAGUGAACACUACACGAAUAUUUCUACAGAAUAUACUAAAUUCAGUGAGAAAUCUGUUAAUUUGGUCUUCAGUGAUGUCUCCUACAGCGUUCGGACUAAUCUCCUAUCAAGUAGGAGAAGAAAUUUGUUGUCAGGUGUUUGUGGAGAUUUUAGACCCGGGGAGUUGACGGCAAUUAUUGGUUCAUCGGGAGCUGGGAAAUCUACUUUGAUGGAUAUUUUGGCUGGUUUCACGACAUCCUCUGUAACCGGAAAUGUGAUGGUCAAUGGAGCGGAUCGUGAUUUAACUGCUUUUAGAAGAUCUUCUGUCUAUAUUAUGCAGGAUGAUAAUUUGCAACCGCUUCUUACUGUUCAGGAAGCGAUGGACGUUGCUGCUAAUCUCAAACUCAAUACUUCUUGUUCUGAAAAAAAUCGAAAUAUUGAUCAAAUUUUGGUAGCAAUGGGCCUUGCAAAGUCGAAAAAUACUCGUACUGGAAAACUUAGUGGCGGUCAGAGAAAAAGACUGGCAAUUGCUUUAGAACUAAUUAAUAAUCCACCAAUUAUGUUCUUUGAUGAGCCGACAAGUGGCCUAGACAGUGUGUCGUCAAAACAGUGUUUGGCACUUCUAAAAUUUUUGGCUCGAGAAGGACGAACAGUAAUAUGUACAAUUCACCAACCAAGUGCAUCUUUAUUCGAUAUGAUCGACCACCUUUAUGUGGUGGCACGAGGAAGUUGUGUUUACACUGGGGGUACACAAAAUUUAGUUAAUUUUUUAACAUUAUCGAAAUUAUACUGCCCAACGUAUCACAACCCAGCAGACUUCGUAUUAGAAAUAUGUAAUGGAGAUUAUGGUGAUCAUGUAGAAAAGUUAAUAAAGGCUAUAGAAAAUGGUAAAAAUAAUCAUUGGCGGUCGCCUGCAAACGAUGAUUUCUCAAAAAUGAAAGCAAUAAUUGACGCAAAUCUGAUGACUCCCGUUAGAGCACCAAAUCUACCACCUCCAAAAGAAUUAGUGCAAAGGCGAAUGAAGGGAAAAAAUUAUGCUUUACAUGCUACUGGUUUCUGGACGCAGUUGUAUGUUUUACUCAAACGAAAUGCAAUAAAACUUUCUAGAGACAGGGUCCUGACAUACAUGCGAAUUUCUAUGCACUUCUGGAUUGCUAUUCUCGUUGGCACUCUCAACUUUAAAAUUGGCGAGGAUGCAAAUUAUGCUUUCGACAAUUACAAUCUACUCUUCUUCAGUGUCAUGUUUCUCAUGUUCAGUUCAUUUAGUGCAACUCUUAUAACAUUUCCAUUGGAAGUACCAGUUUUGGCGAGAGAGCACUUUAACCGAUGGUAUAAGCUUCGUUCUUUCUACUUGGCCAAUAAAUUGGCUGACUUUCCUCUACAAAUCACAGCCACAUUUAUUUAUACUUUGAUAGUGUAUUACAUGAGUGGCCAAGUGCUGGAAGUAAAGAGACUCUUUCUUUAUGUUUUAAUCUGCAUCGCUAUCAGUCUAGUAGCUCAGAACAUUGGCCUCAUUAUCGGGAUAGUGAUGAAUAUUCAGAAUGGCGUCAUUUUUGGACCACUGAUAAUUCUACCGUUCACAAUAUUUAGUGGCUUUUUCGUACAUUUACACGAUGCACAGCCGUACUUACAAUGGUUGUUUCACAUCUCUUUCCUUAAAUAUGGUUUUGAAGGAAUAAUGGCUGCCAUUUACGGAUACGACAGAUUAAAGAUGAAGUGUUCAAAAGACUACUGCCAUUUUGCUUAUCCAAGUAAGCUUUUACAGGAAGUUGGAAUGAAGCAUGUUGAAUAUUGGUACAAUAUAGUCAUGCUGGUUGUAUUUUAUAUCAUUUUAGAUACAAGUGCCUUUUUGUUAUUAAGAUUAAGGCUCAAACAGAGAUUUAAUCGUUAGGACAUGAACAAGUACUUAAUUUAAAAUGUAUAGCUAGCUAAAUAUUAGAAUGCUAAUUAAGAUAUUUUUUAUCAUUGCUCUGCAUUUUGUAAACUUUGUAUCACUGAGUUAUAUAAUUAUUUGUAUGUACAUAUUAUUUUCCUAGUAAAAAUCCUAAAUAUUAUAACUAAAUACGACAGUUACCUUUUUAAUAAUAUUACUGUUUUGAACAAAAUUUUAUUUUAAAAGGACAAUACAUCAUCCACAAAACAGUUUAGGACAAAAUAUUUUUCUAUUUAAUUAUUACUAAGAGGCCCUUCAAAAUUUAUCUACGGUU